CAAAAAACACAACACAACACACCAUGACAUGACGCCGCCUCUCCUCUUCCUCUUCCUCUUCCCCUUCCUCUUCCGUCUACGAUCCCUUCUGUAACUGGUACCUUCCUUCUUCUUGAUGCUCGUCGCUUCUUAGCUGGUUGGUUUGGUUGUAUUUUGGCUUUUCGUUUCAUGCUUUGCUUUCCUCCUCCAGUUCUAUCGAAACUUCAAUCCCAAAACUCCCACAUUCUCAUUGCAUCAUCAUAUUCCUUUGAUUUGUUGGAUUUGAUUUUUAAUAUUUUGUUUCUGUUCCUCCACUCCUUUGACGACGUCUAGGAUUUUUUUUAAGGAAAAAAGAAAGCGUUUUUUUUUUCAAAGGUUUGAGAGUGGAGAUUCAAUGAUUCUUCAUCAUCAUUUUCUUCUUCGUCACAGACUUAGAAUAUACCAAUUUCGUUGAUUUUUUUUUUUUAAAAUUAAAAACGAAAACCCAAAACAAAGAUUCAAUUUCUUUCUUUUUAUUAUUCUAUUCAUUUUUUGUUUGUUUUGUGUAUCACGAAGAAAAAACCUAUAUAAGAAGUGGGUUGAUAAGGGGCUAAGGUUCAUAGUUGUUGUGGUGACAACUGGGAAGGAUGAGAGCGAGAGUGAUAGUGUUUCCUGUUAGAGGGAGGAACUGGUGCUUCAGCAGAUCCAUUGAGCCUCUGGUUUCAGACUCUGCCUCUCAUAUUCCUUCAACUUUCAAAGACCUCUGGAAAAAGCUCUCUUUCUCUUCCAAUACCAAUGCCAAUGCCAACCCUUUUGCUGCCAACGCUGAGCUCCUCGUUGAUUUUGUCUCUACCAAGAUGAACAAUGCCUGGAUGGGGCUGGAGAAGGCGCCUCAGGGAACUUUUAAAAACAAGCUUCAUGGGUUGGGAUUGAAGCUGUUAGCUCGCGUUAAGCCUUCUGAGAUUUUCCUGAAAUCAAUCUCUAAUGAGAUAACGGGUGUUGAAGUUACAUACCCUUCAAGCUUAAAUGCACGGCUUGUCCGCAGGAGGUUACGACAUAUAGCUAUGAGGGGAUCUAUCAUACACAAAAAGUACUUAUAUGGUUCGUUUACGUUGCUUCCUCUGACAUCUGCAUUUACUGUUUUGCCUUUGCCUAAUAUUCCCUUCUUUUGGUGUUUAUUCCGUACUUACUCUCAUUGGCGAGCUCUACAGGGAAGUGUGAAGCUCCUUCAGCUAGUCUCAGAUAGCCACGACACUCCCAAUUCUACUAUCGAUGGAAAUCAAACUGAGCACAUUAAAUCACACGGACGCAAAAAGAUACAUGAUUCUCCAUGGGUUUUGCAGCCGUCUAAAAAACUUGAGGAACUUCUUCAUCAUGGAGAUGAGCAAGACGGUCUGAAAAAACCUGCUAUAUUAGAUAUCUGCAAAACCUUUGAAUUGAACGCUAAUGAUGUUCUGAAAUACAGAGAUUCAAUGUAGUUACAUAUUUGUUUUCCAUAUGCAAUGUAGCAUCACAUUCGCUAGCGAAAAGCAAUUUCAUCUUCAGUUUUUUUUCUUUAUUUGUUGGAAUAAUUGGGCAAUGCCAGUGGAAAAUUUUGAGUUAUGAGGACUGAGAAUUUCUACUGUGAAGUUUACCUCUUCUAAUGGUGCUUGGAAAAAUGCACCAGAUUAUAAAGUUUACCUC